UAAUGAAAUGCAUAUAGGACAAUGAACAUAUGUGUUACAGUUUGAUCAGUUUUCAGGCAUAUCAUCGUUCAUAAAGUUCACUAUUAAAUAAUAAUUUGUUUUAGUUUAAAUAUUAAAGGAAUAAAUUAAAAUGGAUGUGAAAGAGCUCCGUUUUAAUGGUGAUCAUCAAAUUGACGAAAAUGGGCAAUCGGAUCAAGACGAGGCACCAGCUGAUAUUAUUAUUAAAAAAAUCACUAUAAGCGACGAGUGUUAUGUGAAUAAAGGAUUUACUGAUUCAAACAGUUUAAAAGAAGAAUCUUCCAAUAAGAUUUGGGAAGAUUCAAAUCAACUUUCUAAGAAUGUGAUUCUAAUUUCUGAUGGACCUUUAUUGACAACGCAAGAUGGGUACAUUAAUAAUGCAUUUGAAGACGGACCUCAGAAAGCAGAGAAGGGGACGGUGCCACGGGCACAUGACGUCACUGCCAUUACUUCCUCUACAAUAGAGAACCAAAUUACAAAGUUGGAUGAAGACGAUAAUGGAGUGGUGGCCGUUAAUUUGGAAACGAAAGAAAAGAAGCGGAAAGUACAAUUUGUCGGAUGGGAUUCAAAUAAGAGUAUAAUUUUAUUGGGUUUGGUGUUAGCUUUUGAUGCAUGGGCAGCAUUAUUUGUUUGUUUCAAAACAAACUUACUUCCCAAUAUUCUUAAUUAAAUUAGUAUUGGGAUUUAAUGUGUUAAUAAUUUAUUAGUAUCACUUUAAACGAAUACAAUUAUUAUAAUAUGUUUAUUAAGCAAAUUCAUACUUGAAAUAAAUUAAAUGCUUUUUUUUUUUAAAAAUA